GUGCAGCAGAGUUUGUCCAGCAGUAGUAUACGGCCAGCGUGUGUCGCGUUUUAGUGAAUUUAUUCCCCGGCGUAAAGCGUAAAAUCCCCACCAGAUAACCGAAAAUGUGUGACGACGAUGUUGCCGCGCUGGUCGUAGACAAUGGAUCCGGUAUGUGCAAGGCCGGAUUUGCCGGUGAUGAUGCGCCGCGUGCCGUGUUCCCGUCGAUUGUUGGCCGUCCCCGGCAUCAGGGAGUGAUGGUCGGCAUGGGACAGAAGGAUUCGUACGUCGGUGAUGAGGCCCAGAGCAAGCGUGGUAUCCUGACGCUGAAGUACCCGAUUGAGCACGGUAUCAUCACGAACUGGGAUGAUAUGGAGAAGAUCUGGCAUCACACCUUCUACAAUGAGCUGCGUGUGGCACCGGAAGAGCACCCGGUUCUGUUGACGGAAGCUCCACUGAACCCGAAGGCCAACCGUGAGAAGAUGACCCAGAUCAUGUUCGAAACGUUCAACUCGCCCGCUAUGUAUGUGGCCAUCCAGGCUGUUCUGUCCCUGUACGCCUCCGGUCGUACCACCGGUAUUGUGCUGGACUCUGGCGAUGGUGUUUCGCACACCGUCCCAAUCUACGAAGGUUAUGCACUCCCCCAUGCCAUCCUGCGUCUGGAUCUGGCCGGUCGCGAUCUGACCGACUACCUGAUGAAGAUCCUGACCGAGCGUGGCUACUCGUUCACCACCACCGCCGAGCGGGAAAUUGUGCGUGACAUCAAGGAGAAGCUGUGCUACGUUGCGCUGGACUUUGAGCAGGAGAUGGCUACUGCCGCUGCGUCUACUGCCCUGGAGAAGUCGUACGAAUUGCCGGACGGACAGGUCAUCACCAUCGGUAACGAGCGUUUCCGCUGUCCCGAGUCACUGUUCCAGCCCUCGUUCCUGGGUAUGGAAUCGUGCGGUAUCCACGAGACCGUGUACAACUCGAUCAUGAAGUGCGAUGUGGACAUCCGCAAGGAUCUGUACGCGAACAUCGUAAUGUCCGGCGGUACCACCAUGUACCCGGGUAUUGCCGAUCGUAUGCAGAAAGAAAUCACCGCCCUGGCACCGUCCACCAUCAAGAUUAAGAUCAUUGCCCCACCGGAGCGCAAAUACUCGGUCUGGAUCGGUGGUUCCAUCCUGGCGUCUUUGUCCACCUUCCAGCAGAUGUGGAUCUCCAAGCAGGAGUACGACGAAUCCGGCCCUGGAAUCGUUCACCGCAAGUGCUUCUAAGGUGUCUAAGUUGGGUUAGAAGAGGAAUUGGAGGCAAACUAAUACACAGCGCUACACCAAAUACCAUCCAGACUACCGUCUGCCGUACGACGGUAAACGGCGGAUAGACCGGUUCAGCUUUAAUGAGCAAUUGUUGCUCGGGCUCGGGUUCCUUUAUUUUUACCCUACCUCCUUCCCCGCGCAUCUUUAGCCCCGUGCCAUCCAUCCCUGAAUCUCACCCCUAGGUGACCUUAGUGACCCUUUAUCCAUGACGAUCUACGACCCCGGAACAUAAGAAAUUCGAUUAAACACUGUUUGUCGCCUUGGGUUUGGGUUUUGUUUUUGUUCAUACGGAACGUACUGACGUGUACCGCUGGAACAGUACGAAGACUGCCGCUUUUACGUGAAACGCAUCGCAUCGUGAGCGUGAGAAGUGCCGGACCCACGGCACUUAUUUGUUCACUUAACUCGCCUGUUUAUAAUUAGUAAUCGUGCUCGAGAGAAGAAAAAAACAACGAUAAAUUGUACUGUUAUUUUAACUUAUUACAUUUACGACGGAAGCAAAGCUAUACAAAUAAAUUAUUAAGCGAAUGUUUAAGGACUUGAAGAGAG